CAGACAUGGAUGUCCUCACUCUGUCUCUCUGCUCAUUUAUGCUCUUCUACGUCAUCACCAUCGUAUGGAGAACACAGAAGACGCGGCUCCGGCUUCCUCCAGGACCGACCCCGCUGCCAAUUAUCGGCAAUCUGCUUCAAGUGAGCUUUGCAUUGUAUAAAUGUUAUCUCAAGCUGUCUAAGCAGUAUGGACCCAUCUUCACUGUGUGGUUGGGUUCCAAACCAGUGGUAGCGCUAUGUGGAUAUACGGUUAUUAAAGAGGCCCUGAUCAAUUAUUCUCAUCAAUUCAGUGCUCGUGGAUUCCUACCAAUUUCAGAAAGAAUGGCAGAAGGUUAUGGUAUAAUCACCACCAAUGGCGAACGCUGGCAGCAGGUUAGACGAUUUGCAGUGAGCACGCUGAGGAAUUUUGGAAUGGGGAAGCGAUCGAUGGAGGAGCGAGUGCAGGAAGAAUCCCGUCACCUCAUAAAGGCGAUAGAGAAUAUUGGAGGUAAAGUGCACAACCCUCACACGGUUCUUGGACGUGCAGUAAACAAUGUGAUAAACUUAGUGGUGUUCGGUCGGCGUUGGGACUAUGACGACAAGACCAUGUUGAAAUAUAUCUCCAUCAUCAAUAAUCUGUUCAAUUUUCUCAGAAGGCCUCUAGGAGUGGCAUAUGUUGCCUUUGACAGUCUAAUGAAGCAUCUUCCGGGUCCCCAUCAGAAGGUGUUUGCAGAUUGCGAGCAUGUGAAAUCUUUCAUCAGGGAGGAAAUUGAAUCACACCGGAGAUCCCUGGAUCCAGAGUCCCCCCGAGACUUCAUAGACUGCUUCCUCAUCCAGGCUGACAAGGUAACAGGACAUAUACAAGAGGCUGUACCACCAAUAAAGUGGGCUUGCGCCAUAAAUGCUUUCCCUGUUGUGUUGCAGGGGACCACCUUAUUUCCUCUCCUUGCAUCUGCCCUAUCAGACCCACAGUACUGGAAGUGGCCUUAUGAGUUUAAUCCGGAAAAUUUCCUGGAUGAGAAUGGGAAGUUCUGUUCACAGGAAGCUCUGAUUCCUUUCUCCGCAGGAAAGAGGAUCUGCCCAGGAGAAGGUUUGGCUCGGAUGGAAAUCUUCCUCUUUUUUACUGCUCUGCUCCAGAAAUUCUCCUUCCAACCUGCAAACACCACCGACACGUUCAACCUGGAUGUGCUCCGACGGGCCAUCCGAAAAGAAGGGCUCUCUUUUAAUUUAAGAGCCAUUCCCAGAAUGAAAAAAAUGCAUGGACACACAAGAUAAAGACUGGAGGACAUACAUUAGUGGAAAAUUAACAUUCUCUUUUUCAGAACCUAUAAUGGUCAUUUGAUUCUGUAGACAUCUCAC